AUGUUAUGUAUUAUUGAAGUGAAAGUACCAACACCCAUCAAAGACAACUGUCGACCAAUGCUGCGAAAGAUUAAUACACAACUACUUGUCGCAUUCUUCACAGUCUUCUUGGUAACAUGGCAUUUCAGCGUCGUUCGUUUACCGAGCUGUUCCGAGCAAUCUUCUGUGGCAUUACAAGCGCCCGAGUCUGAAAAUGUAGCGUUCGAACAGUGGAAAAUUCCAAACUGGGUUGAAAGAUUUAAUGUGACCCAUUUAUUCGAUUGGACGUGGCAUAAGAAUGGCGAGUUUAUACGCUGUCGAGCACAUAUUAAUCGAUCAUCACAUUUAUCAGCAUGCAAAGCUGCAUCAGCAACGGUCGUGAAUGAUGUUCUCGACUAUUUUCGUUCUCAUCCCGAUGAAGGAUGUAUUGUAGACAAUGUGAUUCGUCUUCCUAAUUUAAUUCCUCAUCCAUUGCCUCUCGCUCGCUCUUUAACUGACACGUGUUCUUCACUUCAUAUCAAUCAUGAAUGGGCCAUAUGCAUUCAACCGCAGUCGGAACUCAAUAAUUUACUUCCGGCAACUAAGCGAUUUGUAACUAUCGCCGUAUUCAAUGCAUUCGUCGACACGGGUUAUUGUCAUCCACAAGUACCAGGAACAGUUUUUACUGAGCGUGCUACUUUUCAUCUUCAACGAUGGACCAACAAACGAUGCAGCAAUGAUGUCAUCUCUAACAUUCCACAAAUCAAAAAUGAAUAUCGACACACUGAAUUAAUUGACUCCAUUGGAAAUUAUCUUGAGGCACCAGGACAUUUUGCACCUCAGCAAUUACCAAGAUUACUACGAUUGCUUGCUACUGCGCCAACAACAGCCAAAGUCCUUGUGGCGAAAGGUGGUGUCGCUGACUCAUUGAUUGAUGUUCUUAUUGAACGUGGUAUAGUUACACGUGAUCGCAUUAUUCAAUUUGAUAAAGACAUUCGUCCUAAUCACUUCGCGAAUAUUGUUUAUCGCAGUGAAUCCUGGCCCUAUGUAGGUGACAAAGGUAAUUCUCACUACAUUCACGAUAGAACAGACAUGCAACUCGUUCAUCGAGCUAUGGCUACUGAUGAUUUAGCAGCGAUUGACAAAAAGGAUUGCAUUAUUGUCAUAAAAAGAAAAGAUGGAGAUGCACGAUCAAUCGUUGAACAUUCAGAUAUGAUUGCAUUUAUAACAUCAGCACUGAAUAAAUCCAAAGUGUUAUCGGAUCGUCACAUCGAAAUCUUUGAAGCUCAAGGACAUAUUCGUGAUCAUAUUGCUUUAUUUCGUCGAGCUCGUAUAAUUGUUGGUCCCCAUGGUGCUGGAAUGAUGAAUAUACUAUGGUCAUCACCAGGAACUCACGUAAUUGAGAUUGGAUACACUACUGGAAUGACUUUUCCUGAAAUGUACGCAGAGAUGAGCCUUCAUUUGGAACAUCACUACUGGAUCUGUAAAGGACAUGGUGAUUAUUAUGCUCCUAUUCACGUUGAUAUGGAAGAUUUUAUGUAUAUUUUCAAUCAAAUCAUACAUGAAAUAGAAAUUGAGGAAGGACGAUCUUGA